AUGACCAGUGCAGACUAUCUAUUUUUACUAUUUUAUCGAUUAUCAGCAAUUCUAUUAGUUUUAUUACUGUAUGAACUGCAUUCGGCUGAUAAAUUAAUCACUGAUCAUCCUAUACAAAGGCUAUCAUCGAUACGUCAUCAACGAUCAACUACUAUUGAUGCUUAUAAUUUUCAAGUUGGUGAUCUUUUCAAUUUUACAUCUACUGUAUAUAAUGUAAGUAUUGAAGAAAAUUCGCGGGGUAAAGAUGUUUAUGCUAAUUAUAAAGGUAUUCUUCGAAUUGGUGUACCAUUGCCAAAUAAAGAUGCUAUUGUUAAAUAUAAAAUUGUUGAGGGCGAUCGAGUUCAUUUUAAAGCAGAAGCACGCAAUGUUGGAGACUUCGCAUUUUUACGGAUUCGACAUCGUAAUGAUGGCUUUCUUAAUCGAGAAUUAAAAGAUCGCUAUGAAUUUCUUAUCAAAGCCAUAUGUCGCCGAAAACAAGCUUCAAAUCUGGAAACAACAACCAUUGUGAAUCUUUUUGUAACGGAUCGCAACGAUGCGCGACCCAUUUUCGAAAAUAAUUUAUUUACUGUCAAUUUAACGGAUCAGGUAAAACCUUUUACCAAUAUAGUUCAAGUUGAAGCGUCUGACGCCGAUAUCGGUCUUAGUGGUCAAAUAUAUUAUUCAUUUACUUAUCAAUCGCUUGAUUUUGCGAUCGAUCCAAUUAGUGGAUGGGUUCAAACGAUAAGACCACUUACAGCUAAUGUUUAUGAGCUUAAUUUGCUUGCUGAAGAUCGCGAAUCUCGUCUUUCCAGGAAAUAUGAUGAGAUUAAUAAAGAAGAAAAUGGAUUUUGGCCGGUGAUUAAUCUUCAUGAAGCAAAAGUGGUUCGUAUUUUUUGUAAAUUUCCAAAUUUCAUAUUUAUUGCCUACAUUUUUUUGACACUUAUUGUAAAUGUUACCGAAACGAAAGCAAAAUUACCUAUUUUGAACGUUGAAAAGAAGCCAAUUUAUGGUGAUCUUGUAUUUAUAAGUCAACUUGUUGCGAUAAUUCGAACCAGUUUUACGGAAAAAUUGGAGCUUGAAAUCGUCGAUGGGCAGCAAAAUUUCUAUCUUUCUGAAGUCUUGUAUAAUACAUGGAAUUUAAUGACAGUCGCGGGAAUACCUCUCUAUGAACGGUAUUUAGUGCGACUACUUGUGAGUGCUGAUAGAUUUUCCGGAAAUCAGGAUAAACGAGUCACAGAAAUUGUUGUUAAUUCUAAAGAAAGGAGCAAAAUUGAACUGGAAAAGAAAUUCGCUAUAUUGAGAUUAAAAGUGAACGAAUCGUCUCCAAUAGGUUUUUUAGUUGGAAACGCCGAUGCGUUCGUUGUUGAUGGAAUUCGCCCAAAUAAUAUCAAACUAAGGUACUCUUUGAUAGCAAAUAACGAAAGCGAUUUUCUUCCAUUUUUUGUAAAUAACGAAACUGCUCAAAUUCGUGUUGCAAAUUGGUUGGAUUACGAAGAGAUUAAAGCAUAUAAUUUUAUCGUUAAAGCUGAGAUAAUUGAAUAUGGAGUAGAAGCAUCAGUUAAUGUAGAAAUACAAAUAGUUGAUAGCAAUGAUAAUGCACCAAUGUUUGCAGCAAAAUUGGCAAGAGGAGAACCAGUCGUGGUUCCAGAUGAUUUAUAUAUUGGCAAAGUUAUAGGAAAAGUUGAUGCUAUAGAUUUAGAUUCAGGAAAUAAUGGUUUUGUUGAAUAUAUUGUUAUUAACAAAGAUAAGGAAAUGCCAUUUGAUAUUAAUCAUACAACAGGAGAAAUAUUUGUAAUGAAUACUAUUCCAUUGAAUCAUAAAUGGUGGCGAAUGAAUAUUCGGGCAGUAGACCAUGGUUGGCCAUAUCCACGAAGUUCGGACUUGAUUUUGACUCUUUAUCUCAAUGGAACACAAACACCUUCAAGACUGUGGCCAGUGGUGCAUCGAGAGCGAAAAAAUGAAUUCGCUCCUACUUUUGUUAAAAUUUAUGAAAGCAUUGAAAUCAAUGAAGAUGCUGCUAUUGGACAGAUCAUCAUAAAAUUAGAAGCAGAAGAUAAAGAUGGUGGUUAUGCUGGCUUAUUGCGAUAUGCAUGCCAUGAUGAUUAUUUUGCUGCAGAUCCUUAUAGCGGUGAUGUCUUUGUUGCCAAAAAUUUGCAAGAAUUAUUUACCAGUCAAAAGAAUUUUUCGAAAAGUAGUAUUAUCAAAAAAAUAUCAGUAUCAGCAUGUGACAUGGAUGAACCAGUAUUUUGUAGCAAUGCUUCUAUUUCGAUUAUUAUAAAUGACGUUAACAAUUAUGCUCCACAAUUUGAAAGGUCUUAUUAUUACGUUCAUGUUCCUGAAAAUCUUCCUAUUAAUGAGCGUUUGUUAAAUUUAUUAGCCAUUGAUCUUGAUCAUGGUGAUAAUGGCAAGGUUGGUUACAAAUUAGUUGGCGAUGGGCAAUAUUUCUCAAUUGAUCGUAUCAGUGGAAUUUUAUUUGUUUCAAAAGAAUUAGAUCGAGAAACACGAGAUUCUCAUCAUUUUAUUAUAAUGGCAUAUGACAAUGGUUAUCCACCGAAAUAUUCAUUCGCAAAUGUGACUGUAUCAAUUGAUGAUGUGAAUGACAAUGCACCUAAAUGCGCGGAAAAUUUCCACAAAGUGCGUAUUCCCGAAGAUUAUCCAAAUGGUGCAAUGGUGACUUGUAUUACUGCAUCAGAUGCUGAUUUUGGUGAAAAUGCUCGGAUUACUUUCACAUUUGAUACAGCUAUUGAUUAUUCUGACCAGCCUUUACCCUUCCGAAUUCAUCCAGAUAUCGGAUGUAUUUUUGUGGAUUCAACUGUCCCUUUGAAUUAUGAAAAGCAAGCAUUCUACAAUAUCAGUAUUGAAGUAAUGGAUAAUGGACAACCAAUUCUUAGUUCCACAUGUGAAGUUAUUAUUGAGUUGGUCAAUGUGAAUGAGAAUGUAUAUCCACCUCGAUUUUCUGACAUCGCUUAUGAAGCUAGCAUAUAUGAAAAUAUGCCAGUGGGAGCAGAAGUAAUUAUUGUGCAAGCUGCAGAUCUCGACAGUUCGUCCUCAUCUAUUAAAUAUUCUAUUAUAGGCGGUGAUGGAAUCGGUUUUUUCUUUAUUGAUCAAAAAGGAAUGAUUCGAACAUCACUGGUAUUAGAUAGUGAAAUCAAGGAUCAUUACUGGUUGACUAUUCAAGCUGAGAAAAUUCCACUUAGUUCAAUUACACAUAUUUUUAUUCGUGUGCUUAAUGUCAACGAUAAUGCUCCUAUGCCGAUGCGUCCAGUAUAUUUUGCAUCUGUGCCUGAGAAUUCUCCCGAAAAUACAGUUGUGGUUAAGGUAGAAGCGAGAGAUAAAGAUGAAGAUGAAUCGGAUGAUCAAACUAAUCUUUUCUAUAGAAUCGUUAGUGGUGAUCCACAAAGUUUUUUUGCUAUAGACCCUAAAACAGGCUACAUGAUAACUAGUGGCCGACGACGCGUUGAUCGUGAAACUCAAGAUGAACAUGAAUUAAAUAUCGAAAUAUGUGAUCAAGGCUCACCUAAACUUUGCACAACAGUACCUGUUAUCAUUGAUAUUGUUGAUGUGAACGACAAUCCACCAGUAUUCAAGAAAAAACUAUAUAAUUUUAAUGUUCCAGCUGGUACUGUUGGCUUAUUAUGCAGGGUAUUUGCAACUGAUAUGGAUGAACAGAUGAAUUCACAGAUCCAUUAUAAUAUCACAUCGGGUGACGAUUAUCUAUCUGUGGAUGAAUUUGGUCAUAUUAAUAUAUCAAAACCUUUGCAGUCGGUUAUGUCUUUCAUUAUCCAAGCCACAGAUUCAGUUAUGCCUCAUUACAUAGCAUCAUCUCAAGUCGUUGUUACGCCAGUUAUGCAGAAAUUUUCUAAGAAAUCCAAUCGAGCUCCAAUUCUUAUGAAUGAAGACACUUGGUCACAUUUGGUUAUAUCCAGCUCUAAAAAUAUUGAUGAAACGCUUUGUAUAGUGGAGGCUGAAGAUCCAGAUGGCGAUCAGUUGUGGUGGUCUAUUAUGUCAGGAAAUUUGAACAAUAUAUUUUCCAUUAGGUUUAAUGAUGGUGUCGACAAUGUCACAGCAAAGCUUGACAUUGAAAUAUCAACAGCGAUCCAAAAACGUCCAAUAUUUGAUGCCAUACAUUAUCGAACUGCAAUAUUGAGAAGUGCGAACGUUGGCACAAUAAUAUUUAAAGCGAAGGCAGAUGUGAAUAAUGAUGGGAUUUCGUUGCCUUCUAAAUCCAGUUCAUCUGUAGUAUAUGGAAUUAGUUCUUUUGAGAGUGUUACUUCGGCAGAAAAAUUUAGAAUUGAUGCAAGGUGGUUAUUUCAGGGUUUUUUUCUUCCGCAUGGUUUGAAAUUGCUAGGUUGUUUGGUCAUAUUUUGCAACAAUUCCUUAGAUAAGAAAAAAAGUAGAGAAAUGGAUAGCAUAAUUAAGAAUUCAUUGAAAAAUAGUAGUACCCAGCGCUAUUUCAGCACUGGAGAAGUAAUUUUAAUUGACAGCAUUAAAAAUGAAAUUGCAAAGAAUUUCUCGAUGAUUAUCUCAGCUCGAUAUGGACAGAUGUCGAAUUAUGCCAUACUUUAUAUAUCCGUUAUAGAUGAAAAUGUAAAUCCACCGAAAUUCACUGAAUCUGAAUAUGUUACCAAAAUUCAGGAUAGGUAUUAUUAUUUUUAUUAUAUAAAGCCUUCUACAAAAGUUUGCCUCGAAUAUAUUGAUGUUGGUACUGUUAUUUUAAUGGUUGAAGCCACUGAUCCAGGUUCAAGUAAAAAAGGACAAUUUAUCUAUUCAAUUGUUUCAGGGAACGAUUUCAGUUAUUUUUCUUUGAAUGCUAUUACCGGUGAAUUGAGUGUCACUGAAACUUUCAAGAAUUCCAAUUUUUCUGAGGCCAUACUUAUAAUAAAAGCGACUGGUCAUGGAAUGCAACCACAGUCAGCUUCAUGUAGGGCUGUUAUUCAACAAGUCUCAAAUGGAAAUUGGCACUUUUUCUUCAAAAAAUCCAAAUAUCAUUUUUCUGUGCGUAAAAAUGCUUUGCCGGGAACCUUUAUCGCCGUGGUUCGUGCGAAUGGUGUAUCUGGAAUACGAUACUAUUUAUCUGAAUCAGAACCAUGUAAAUACCUUGAUAUUCAUUCUAUUUCUGGGGCACUUUACCUCAUUCGUCGUUUAAAUAUUGCUGAUACUGGCGUUAGUCUAAACUGUACAGUUACGGCUAGAAAUUCACAAGGACAAGAAAACACAACAGUUGUUGGCUUAAAUGUGAUUGUUGCAAAUGAAUUUGCACCAAUUUUCAAUCAAACUGUUUAUUAUGGAUAUAUACAAGAAAAUAUGCCAGCAGGAUCUCCGGUUCUUUUGCAAAACCAGAAUCCUCUCGUAAUCCAUGCAGUGGAUAGAGAUUUAGGUCUCAAUGGCUUUGUAUGUUAUCACAUUUUAUCACCCUUGGAGCCUUAUUUUAGUGUAGAUUUCAUUUCUGGUGCGAUUCGGUCAAAAAUAUCUUUAGAUUUUGAAAAGAUCAAGGAAUGGUCUUUCCAUGUGCAUGCCAGUGAUAUGGGUUCAGUUGUACUAUGGUCUUCAAUUCCCGCUUUAGUUAUUAUAACAAUUGGCGAUUUCAAUGACGAAGUACCAAGAUUCUCUAAAAGAACUUUUUACAUGGAUUUUACUCUACCAGCCCUUGAAGGUAUGGAAAUAGGUAAAGUAACUGCUAGUGACCCAGAUACUGUCGGUAGUCUGCAUUUUGCUAUUUCAAAUCGGGACAUGAAACAUCUUUUCAAAAUUGGAGAAUAUAACGGUGUUUUGUUCGUUCAUGCCAAUAGUUCAUCACUGUUCGUUGAAAGCCAGUACAAGGUGCCUGUUAUUGUUUCGGAUGGAUUACAUUCGGAUUCAUCAACUGUUGUGGUAAAUAUUAAAGGCCUAUCAAAUGGCACCAGUUUUAUGCGAUUUUUAAAUGAGGAGUAUCGAUUCAAUAUUACUGAAAAUCAAGUUUCAGAAAAGCCUCAACCUUUAGGCAGAUUGACUCUGGUUAAUGUGAACACUUCUAAUACAGUCACAUAUCGGUUACUUAAUCCUAGUCGUGAAUUUGUUAUUGGGAUAAAUGAUGGUCUUUUAAGUUGGACGGGAAUAUCUUUGGAUCGUGAAAAAAAAUCACAUUUCAAAUUCAUUAUAGAGGCGCGAGCUUGGAGAAAAACGGAAAAGGCACGAUGUAUUGUUCUUAUCAGUAUUUUGGAUGUGAAUGAUUGCCGUCCACAGUUUAUAAAUCUGCCAUAUGUAGCAGUGCUUUCUCGAAAAGCCAAAAUAGGAGAGAAAGUCAUUAAUGUAAAGGCUCACGAUGCCGAUCAAGGAAAAAAUGGAGCCAUCAGAUAUUUUCUCACUCAAAAUUCAUCACAUUUUAAAAUUAACAAGUAUGAUGGUCGGAUUUCUGUUAGCCAACCUUUGGAUGAAGUUCAAUUAACAACGGUUGUGUUAAGAGUUAAAGCAGAGGACCAAGGUACACCGAAACUAUCUUCUCUCAUCGAUAUUUUUAUUGAAAUAGUCGAUCAUUCAACACCAAUAUUUAUCAAUCGUUUCUAUCGAAGCCAUAUUAUGGAAAAUGCUGCCAUUGGAUCAGCAGUGUUAAUGGUUAAGGCUCUAAGUAAUGUGAACGGACAUAUUGGUUACUUCAUCAGAAACGGUGAUGAUCGGAAGCAAUUUCGAAUUGAUUUUUAUUCGGGUGUUAUCAGUGUUCACAAGUCUCUGGAUCGCGAAACAAUACGUUCGUAUAAUUUGACAGUUGAAGCCAUCGACGUUUCACGAGUGAGCACUGUUGCAGUGUGUACUGUAGAAGUUCUUGUAGACGAUGUCAAUGAUAAUCCUCCACGUUUCUUAAAAUCAUUUUAUAAAAUUAACGUUAAUGAAGCUACUGCAGUUGGUAGCGAAAUAUUGCAGGUGGCGGCUAAAGAUCCAGACUCAACUCCAAGUCGUACUUCUUAUGCCAUCAUUGGUCCCAAUUCUUCUAUGUUGUCAGUAGAUUCUUAUUCUGGACAGAUAACUCUUGUGAAGCCGCUGGACUUCGAGCAACAGCGUCUACAUCAAUUUACUUUAAGAGCAUCUGAUAUUGAUCAGUUAUAUUCAGAAACAGCUCUCGUAAUUAUAGUCGAAGAUUGGAAUGAUAUAAAGCCGGUUUUUGAGCCACCAGUUGUUCACAGAUUCAUUUCAAGCGAUGCUGCUCCUGGUUCUUUCAUAGCAAAAAUGAAUGUUGAAGAUGAGGACUUUGCAUCAAAUUUACCAAAUGGACGCCGUUUUAUAUUUUCGUUAAUUGAUGGUGAUACAACUUUUGUGGAAAUUAAUAAGGAUUCGGGAGUGCUGACAUUGGCGCGAGAUAUAAAAGAUGAUGAUCUUGAUAUUGGUACCAAAAAUUUCAAUAUAUCUGUGAAUGACGGAAUAUUCACAUCAUUCGCACGAUUAUCAAUUAUUUUGUCUGCAAGCACUUCGAAACUUCCAUUGCCAUACUUCGAACGAGAGAAUUAUAUUGUUAGUAUAAAGGAAAAUAGCAAAACAAAUAUCCCUAUAAUACAAGUGCAUUGUAUGGGUGGAAUCAAGCCCCUUAAAUAUUCAUUUGGUGGUAGCAAAGUUUCGUCUUCAUGGCCUGUUAUUAUCGAUGAAAAUACUGGUAAAAUUACUAUGAGAUUAUCACUGGAUUAUGAAGAGCAGCAUUCCUAUUCUAUUCCUUUGGUAGCUACUGAUGCAGUAUUUCAUCGAACUUUCGCGAUCCUUUCUUUAAAUGUUUUGGACGAGAACGACAAUGCACCAAGAUUUGUAACACAGAAUUAUGAAAGUUCUAUAAAGGCAGAUAUGCAAGAAGGAGAAGUUAUAUUAAUAGUACUUGCGACAGAUCAAGAUGUUGGUGAUCAAGUGGAAUAUUCAAUUAUUGCAGAUAGCACUAAUAGAUCUGAUUAUUUUUUCUUACAUUCUAAGCAAGGAUUUCUUAGUCUGCGUCGUUCCAUCAGAAAUUUUGCCGGCGAACAUAUCUCAUUUUUUGUUCGAGCUACUGAUAUGGCGAAUCCUCCACAUCAAACGGAAACUUCCAUUACAAUUUCUGUGGUUUCUUCGAGUAUUUCAUUACCUCGGUUUUCGAAAAAUCAUUUUUUAUUUAAUGUCGCAGAAAAUACUAUUAUUGGCUCUAUUAUUGGAAAAUUACAUUGGGAAUAUUCAAGUUCUGAUCUGGUAAUAUCAUCGAUCGAGAGCAAUGCGGUUUUAUUUGAUAUACCUUUUUUCAUUAAUCAUACUUCUGGUGAUAUUAUCAUAGCUGCUGCUAUAGAUCGUGAAAUGGUGGAGGAAUGGAGAUUUAUUGUGCACAUAUAUGAACGAUUAAAACCAGAUAUUAGUACAAUGGCAACUGUAACGGUCAAAGUCACCGAUACAAAUGAUAAUGCACCAGUUUUUGAUGGUGGAAAUGAGCGAAUCGCUGUUUUUGAAGAUGCACCUGUUGGGACAAUUAUCGCAGUUCUGAGUGCAAUGGAUGCGGAUAUUGGUCCAAAUUCGAAACUAUUUUUUGAUUUUGAAGAGGAAAAUUUCGACAAAUCUUUCAAAAUUGAUCGAAAGUCUGGUUUCCUGACAAUAGCCGAGCCACUUGACCGAGAAGAAAAAGCUGAACAUCAUUUUACAGUUAUUGUAAGCGAUGAAGGAAAUUUAGUUUCUCGAAAAAAUAUAUCGAUUAUAGUUUUGGAUAUCAAUGAUUCUCCACCUGUUUUUGAUAAAAAAGAAUAUAUUUUUGAGGACUAUCUACAUCGUUUCGUUGUUGGCGACGAAUUUUUGCGGAUCUGUGUUAAUGAUCAAGAUGUUACAUCCACGAACAUGGCAGAAUUAUAUAUAAUUGAUGGUGAUAUUGAAGGAUUAUUUCGAAUCAGUUCUGAUGGUAGUUUAUCGUUGGCGAAAGUCCCACUCAUUCUUAAUGAUUCCGAAUAUGUCUUAUCCGUAUUCGCUUUCGAUGGGCGACACAAUGUCAAAACUAUUGUGACCAUUGAACUAACAACGAUUAUUGAAGGCAGAAAUUUCUUUUGUUUAAAUAAAUUACUGAUUGAAAUAAGUGAUGUGAAUGAUGAAGCGCCGAUUUUCUCUCAGCCAGUGAUUGCAGUUUCAGUUAGAGAAAACAUAAAUGCUAGUUAUGAUAAUCGAAUAUUUUUGACAAAGUUGGAGGCAGAAGAUCGUGAUUUUGGUACAAAUGGAGAGGUACAUUAUCGAUUCUCUUCUAUAAAUAACUCGCUUCUGCAUAUUUUCCAUUUGGAUAACAGAACGGGUAUUCUUACAGUUUUGACUUCGCUUGAUCGAGAAAUUAUUGGUCUUUAUGAGUUAGAUGUACAAGCAUUCGAUGUUGAUAACAAAACAGCUGAUGCAAAAGUUGUUAUUGAAGUGGUUGAUGAGAAUGAUAACGAACCACAGUUUGAAUCAAACAUCUAUUACCUAAAAGUUGUCGAGAAUGAGCCCAUUGGAUCUGAACUGCUUCAGAUCAGAGCUUUUGAUGAUGACAGUGGUGAUACAAUAGAAUAUCAUCUUGAUUCAUUUGAUAGUCUUAAUAAGUAUUUCGAACUGGAAAAGAAUACAGGUAUUCUCAGACUAUCCGAAUCUCUUGAUUUCGAGAUUUUGAGACGUUUUACGAUCGCAGUUGUUGCGAUCGAUUCUGGAUUUCCGCCGCUAAGCUCCCGGUGUUUGAUUGAUAUUGAAGUUCUCGAUAUAAAUGAUAAUGCACCUCAAUUUAGUCAGUUAAACUAUACUGCAAAAGUUCGUGAAAACUCGUCUAUUGGAACCAAAAUUAUUCAAAUUUCUGCGAACGAUUUAGACAGUGGGCAUUUUGGUCGGGUGAUUUAUGCUAUCGGUGAUCAUUCGAACUCUUUUCAAAUUGAUGAUAGUGGUUGGCUUAUUGUUAAUGCUCAUCUUGAUCGAGAAAAGGUAUCUAAUUAUCGAGUCGAAGUCAGUGCUUUAGAUGGUGGAUUGCCUCCAUUGAAAAACACAACAAUUGUUUUAAUCGAGAUUGAGGACGAAAAUGAUAAUGCACCUACUUUUUUGCAGUGUAAUAUGACUAUUGUAAUUCAAGAGAGCAUUGAACCCGGAUAUCCACUUUUAUCAGUCACUCUAAUUGAUAAGGAUGUUGAUCCAAAUGCUGGACCGUUUAGAAUGGAGAUAAUAGGUGAUGAUGCUGGUUCAUUUGCUUUUGACUCCUCGCUGAAUCUAAUCACAACAUCUCGGUUAUCUUAUUUCAAGAAAGAUAUAUAUUUACUGUCGGUGAAAGCAUACGAUAAUGGUGGAUUGUCAUCAGAAUGUCCAUUAACCAUAUAUAUCGUGGAAGAAAGUCAUCAUCAUACACCUGUUGUUCAGCCGUUGACAAUUACUCUGAACACUUUGAUGGGUGAAUUCCUUGGAGGAAAAAUUGGUGCUAUCAGAACAAAAGGCGAUAAUUUCGGCGAUAUAUUGAGAUAUUCACUAAUAAAUUCGCACAAUUAUGUGUUGCCCUCUGCAGUGAACUCGUUCAUCUUCGAUAGAAAAACUCCAGCAUUCUCAGUUGAUGCAGAAACUGGCGAAAUUUUUGCAGAACCUGAUUUAUUAGCUGGAAUACAUCGUUUUAAUGUAUCAAUUACCAAUGGAAAUUUUGCUGUGCAUUCUUUAGUUACUGUUUUCGUGAACACAAUUGAUCAGGAUGCUCUCGACCAUUCGCUGGGAAUACGAUUUCGUAAUGUUAAUGGUUCUGUUUUUUUAAAAAAUUAUAGCGAUAAAUUUCAUCGUUCACUAGGACACUAUUUAAAUUUAAAGUCUUCAAACGUGCGAAUAUUAACUUUGCAACAAACAAAUUAUCAGUCCGGUCACGUCGAGCGAUACCUUCAUUAUCAAUCAAAACGAAGUAAAGCUCUUUUAAACCAAACAAAUCCAGUUAGUAAUGAACUCGAUAUUUUGUUUGUUGUUUCACGAGGUGAUUCGCUCGGUUAUCAUCGUCCUAAUUUUAUCAAAUCGAUGCUUGAACAAGUUAUCAUUGAACUUGCUGAUGAUAUCGGGCUUGAGAUUGUCUCAAUAAUAACUGAAUUGUGCAGCCGAUCUGCUUGUUUAAAAGGUGAUUGCCGUGAUCAUCUUUAUCUGGAUGAUGUUAAUUAUUCCCAGUACACAAUGGAUAACAUGUCCUUUACUGCACCACGGCAUAUUCGAACAUUUGAAUGUCUUUGCCGUCCAGGUUAUGCCGGCAAAAGAUGUGAUGUACCUAUUGAUAAAUGUAGUAAAGAUCCUUGCACUAGAGAAGAAAUAUGUGUGCCAAUGGACACUGAUGUAGGGUUUGAAUGUGUAUGUCCACCUGGAAUGAUGGGUAAUCGUUGCGCAACUCCAGCAUGUGGAAAAGACAGUAGGGAAUGCAGCAAAAAUGCUGAAAUUAGUGUAAAUGGUGAUGGAUUCUUUGAGAUGACUAUAGCAAAUUCUCUUGAAAAGCGUCUAGAAUUAUCGUUUAAUUUCCGAACUGUUAGUUCAGAUGCCAUAGUCAUGCACGCAUCGGGCAGUAAUGAUUUUCACUCUAUUGAGAUUGAACGAGGUCAUAUACAGUACCGCUGGGACUGUGGUACUGGUGUUGGUUUAGUUCGUGUAAACAACGUACGAGUAUCAGAUGGUAAAUGGUAUUCGAUUAAAAUAUCAAGAAGAAGUCGUCACGUUAAAUUAACUGUUGAUGAUGUUUAUGUAGCAGAAGCCGAUAGCCCUUUGGGCAGUGAUGUCAUUAAUCUUUAUCGAAAUGCUAUGAGGUUGGUGUUUGGAGGACGUGUCAUUUUUCCUUCAAAUAUUGGCCUAGGAGCAUUUACUAGCGAGUUUAGAUAUACUGUAUUGAAUGGAAUGGUUGGAUGCUUUGGGCGUAUAUCUGUUGAUGGCUUCGAUAUACCAAAAACCAAACAAGGCCUACAUUUAUACAAAACUCGUAUGAAUUGUAAUGCAAUAGGACGAACGCCGUGUUCAACGAAUCCGUGUGGAAAUGAAGGCACUUGUAUUCCUUCUGGAUCUAUUUCUUUCAGUUGUAUUUGUCCACCUCGCUAUACUGGUGCACAUUGUGAAAUUGAUCUAUCGGCCUGUCUUUCACGGCCUUGUCCUCCCGGUAUUCCUUGUAUCAAUCUGCACAAUGAUUUUUAUUGUAGUUGUCCUCCUGGUUUUACUGGAAAAACUUGUCAGUUACGUGGUGACAUAAAUGCUUGUUCAUCCAAUCCUUGUGGAAAUUUUGGAGUGUGUAUACUUUUGUCGCAUUCACCAAAUUAUAUAUGCAAUUGCUCGCAUGGAUUCUCUGGCACAACUUGUAAUGAUCGAACAGCAUCUUUUCUGCCUGCGUAUUUGACUAUUGGUCUUAUCGAGUUAGCCGAUAAAGAAAAUGAAGAGAGAUAUUUUAGGAUGAAGAAAAACCGCAGUGAUCUUGAUUAUGACGCGAGAAAUUUAAAUCCUCGGAUUUCUGGAUCUUUUGAUAGUUCACCUGAUGUAAAUGUCCCUCCCCCAUUGCCACCCCGUGGUCUCCAUUCAAAACGAAAUCAUUUAAGCAGUUUUGAACGAGCCCAGUGGACCGAUUUACCAACAGUGGAGGUUGGUUAUAUGGAGGACUCCUUGAAAAGCUUCGUUUCGGUCAAUGACCAGACAGGAGUAAUAAAUUUUUCAUUACUUUUAUCAUUCAUUACUGUAGAUAAAAGCAAUCUGAUAAAGGAGUGUCCUAACACGACAGUUAUUCGAAGUAGAGAGGUCUAUAAUUUCGAUGUUUUACGUAAAUAUGGCAAAAAAUUGCAUGACGAUGAUGCAGUAAGCAAUAUAUCUUCACACACUCGCCGUAAAGCUAGCAAAUGUAAACGAAAAACACCGGAAGAAGAAUGCUUCUUACGUAGCGAGGAAAAAGGUUCAAGCAAUCGUUGGCGUCUUGAAUGUGAUAGCAGAAUAAAAGGAGCAUGUGGAAUCGCUGCAGAGAUAAAAAGUGAGCGAAUGAAAUUAAACCUAUUGGAUAAAAGUAGAAUAGCUGUUGGAGAUACGAUAUUAAGUCCAAGAAAAGAUGAUCAUGAAUAUAUGACUAUGCGCCCUUUGCAUCGAAAUAUUCUAAAUGAAGAAAAAAAUGUUGCAAGAAUUAAAACACUUUCAAGUGAUAGUGAUGGCAAUGAUAGCAGAGAUUUUAUCUACCCGAAUGAAAGCAGUGAAUCAGAAAAAGAAAAACCAUUACCACCGGCUCAUCAGCCAAAACUUCUGCCUUUUAAUUUAUCUAGAAUUUAUGAUGAACCAGCAAGAGAGAAAAAAAAUCCGCAAAUGUCGCGUGCUGUGGCAACGAGCUUCCCGUCUUUAGCCACGGAUACUUUUUCGGACAUCGACGAUAGCGAUGUAGAUGAUGAAGCCAAAACGAAAUUAUUGAAAGUGCAAAAAACAAUGGCUAUAUUAUAA